UUUAUUUUAAAACGGGGGUGUACGCCCAUUACGCCCUCACCUGGACCCGCCCCUGAGUAUGUAAUUGAUUUAGUCUGAUAUAUUUACAUUAUCGUUAAAAUGGAAAUAGAAAGAAGUUAUUUCGAAUUUCCAAAUCUGCACAGAGCAUAUAGCCUGAACAUUACUCAGUACAUCAAUAAAGUACACUAUAAUAGUUACUCAAAAUAUCUCAUACUAAUUUGGAGAGUUACAUGUAGCUAUUACAUGAAAAGAGUAUCUUCAAAAUUACAUUAAUUUUGAACAUAUAAACUCCUACCUUUUCUAUAUGGUCAACCCCUCCAACAUGUCUGCCAGAACUGAUUUUUCACUCAGGUGAGUUGCACGGGCAGGUAAGAAAGGUCACAUGACCAACAGGUAAGUAUGGGGUUACAGGUCACAAACAGGUCACAGGUUACAGAACAAAACAUAAACAACAGCACAUGGCACUGAACAACUGACACAUGGACAAUGGCACUGAACAAGACUAGAUACUACAAACAAUACAUGUACACCUGAACAAACAAGACAUAAUUACAUAUUAAACUCCACUCAUAUUACUUCAUUCAUCCACCUUUCGUAAAACAUAAUUUAAUUACUAACACUAUCCAUGAUACUUGGACAGGCUAUCCCUGCCACAGACUCAUAACAGAAGAAAUUUUGGUACCAUACACAUUGUCAGCAACGUGUAACCGCUUGCACUUAUUAGGUAAAAGACAAUAGCAUGACGUCAUGAUCGGUAAAAUAGAUAUACCCACUUGUGACGUCACAUACUUGUUGCUAAGCUGCUUAGCUAUCGGCGAAGGCGGAGAUGAUCAGUCUCUCCCCUGCUAUUUACUUCUUUUGUUUCAAUCUUCGAUUACCACAAUGAAUAUCGGGUUAUUCUUGAUAUUUGUGGUAAUGGUGUGCGCCAUGCACCAAUGGGUUGCUGUAUAUCGGGACCUUAUGUGCGUGAAGCCCGAGCUAGGAUAUGCCAAAAGAUUGUUAUAUUAUUUCACCACAAGUGAAAUUGAGAAAGUCUGUCCAACGGUUACCGAUCUGACAUGGCGAAUUGGAAAUGAAGUAUUCUAUGAUCUCAUGUGUGUGAUUCUUACCCUGCUAUUGGGCUAUGUGCCGUCGGUCGGAAAAAUCGUCAAAGAGAAAUGGUCCGCCGCCGUGUCGAUGUUCCAAGAAUGGAGAGCUCGUCCUUCCCUCUGCCGUCACUGCGGUACUGCCCCGUGUCAGGUUAAAAGGGGAUCCUUGUGGAAGCCCUCCGGUACUCGAAAGAAGGACGUGGCGAAUUUCGCAAAAAGGUCAAACGCCAUGAUGUUGUUUUACUAUGGACUAGAGUUGUCCGUGGUACUCACCAAAGAGCUGCCAUGGAAUAACCUGUACUUGGAGAGGAAAAUCGUCCAGCAUUUUGAGGAGGAGCAUAUGGUAUUGUUUCCAGUGUGCAUCCAGCGUCAGAUUAACUACUGGUACCCUGUCCCUCGCUAGAUUCGUUGCACCGUUCAAAGAGAAGAAUGCGGAUGGCAGUCAGUGAUGGAAUAGAAAUGUGAUUGACGUCACAGCCUCGAUUUGGCUGUCUUAGGGUUUUUGUCACGAUUAGUUCCAAUAUGAAUGUUUUUCAACAGUGAUAUGUAUAUUGUACUUAUAUUUAUUGGAUGUCUAAAAGUAGCUUUGUGGGUGUGGAUAGUUAGUGAACUUCUGGGGAACUUUUGUAGCUAGUGUUGACCAGCAGUGGUCCAAUUUAUAAAUCUUCGUUUUUUUGUAAGAUUGGUUAGUUGCAAACAUGGUUCUAUUGACCAUCAGAGGUGGUUUGAGGUGUGUAGCCGUAAAUUGGCCAUUUGGCAUUUGUCAGUUUGCAGGCAGUUCAUCUUGACCGAUAGGAUUUUCGCUGAUUUUGCUAAUUUUGCUAUUUUAUCGCAAGGUUCUAACGGCGUCGGGUCCUGACAGCAAUUGGUUCCCUGUAUAUAUGUAUUUUCGCUAAUCUAAAUGGAUCUGCAAUGACCACAUAUGAUGGCCAGAUGGUAUUGUCGUGGUCAGAUAUACACGCGGUCAAGCUGACCACCUGGUUAUGUAAAAUUACCAAUAUACAAAAUUCUGUCCAUUUUGUUUUGGUCACUUUUGCGUUGGAGAAUUUUUUAUCCGAACAAUUAUGUGAUCAAUAAAAUAU